CUCGCUCCGUCGCUUCCUCACCCCGACAUCCUCCUCUGAUUAUUCCUAGGGGAUUCGCGCCUUCUCGAACCUUCCGCGGCGAUCGACCGCCCGCUCGUUCGUUUCCCCAGCUCUCAUAGGAUCGCCGCCGCCCUCCGCGCCGAGCACGGUGGCUCCGCCCAGAUCCCGGCGUCGUUCCGCCGCGGAGGAGCCUCGCGUCCCUCUCCCGUCGCGUCCUCGUGCUCGUCCCCUCUGGACUGGCGCGGGAGUGGAGAUCCGUCUGGACGCGAAUUGAUUUCCUCUUAUGUUGAUAAGGAAGCCCUAGCCCUUAGCUUUCCUGGAUGGAUCGUUCGCUUUCGUCUCCGGAAAUCUGUUAUUUCCUGUGAGCCCUCAAAUUCGGAGCAGUUAAUGCAAUUACCGAAAUUGUUGUGGGAUCAACUGGACCCCAUGCCCCCACAACCACUAGGGAGUAAAAUUGAGUACCGAAUCGUUGCACUCGAGGAUCCCCUCAACAUUUUUGAUAGAAAAAAAGAUCUCCGAAACUUCACUGUCGGAUCUUUCUUGCUGCCAAGGCAACAACCUUCGGUGUAGCUGAGCUCAUUGCAUUUUGAAUCGAUUGAUUUGGCUUCAGUGUUCUCAUGAGCUCACAAGUCUCCACAUCACGGGGUCUGCAUCCCCCGGGAAAGCUUGGGACAUUCGAGUCCCCUCACUCCUGGCCGCUGUCGGCACCUACUAGCCAGCCCGAAGCAGGCCGCGGUGACGACCAGGAGGUCAGGCUGUUGUCAGUUGCUUGGAAUCAGGACUGUGGUUGCUUUGCUGCUGGUACCAGCAAUGGCUUCAGGAUCUUCAAUUGUGACCCUUUUAAGGAGACUUUCAGGAGGGAUCUCAAGAGUGGGGGGUUUGGGAUUGUCGAGAUGCUGUUCCGUUGCAACAUCCUUGCCCUUGUUGGUGGUGGCUCCAAUGUACAGUAUCCGCCUAACAAGGUGAUGAUCUGGGAUGAUCACCAGAGCCGUUGCAUUGGAGAGUUUGCCUUUCGCUCUGAUGUUCGGGCUGUAAAACUGGGGAAGGACUAUAUUGUAAUUGUUCUUGAGCGGAAGAUAUAUGUCUACAACUUCACCGAUUUGAAGUUGCUCCACCAGAUUGACACCCUGUCAAAUCCCAAAGGAUUGUGUUGCCUCUCCCAUCAUUCCAAUACUUCAGUGCUGGCCUGCCCUGGGGUGCACCAGGGGCAUGUUCGUGUAGAGCAUUUUGGGCUGAAGGUGACAAAGAUGAUUACGGCUCAUGAUUCACACAUUUCUUGCAUGUCCUUAACUAUGGAUGGUCUCCUACUGGCAACAGCAAGCAUGAAGGGCACUUUGAUCAGAAUAUUCAACACAAUGGAUGGCACUCGCUUACAAGAGGUACGCAGAGGGCUUGACAAGGCAGAAAUCUAUAGCAUUGCACUAUCACCCAAUGUGCAGUGGUUGGCAGUGUCCAGUGACAAGGGAACUGUUCAUAUUUUUUCUUUGAGAGUCAGAGUUGCUGGGGAGGAUGCAAGCAAUGAGCAACGCACUCUUGAAGGUCCACGAAUGGAUCACCAGAACUCUUCCAGUUCUAUUGAUCCUCUUAUUCAAACGAACACUGGAUCCAAUGCGAGUUCAUCAUUGUCUUUCAUGAGAGGUAUUCUGCCAAAAUAUUUCAGUUCAGAGUGGUCAUUUGCUCAGUUCCAUUUACCAGAAGUCACACGCUACAUAGUAGCCUUUGGUGCUCAGAACACUGUAAUGAUGGUUGGCCUGGAUGGCAGCUUCUAUAGGUGCAGCUUCGACCAAGUUAAUGGAGGGCAGAUGUUGCAGAAGGAAUACUUUCAUUUUCUGAAGGCCGACACAAGCCCACCCUUCAGGACCCCAGGCAUCUGAAGUGCAUGAAGAUCAAUCAUAUCACCCUGUAAAUAUCCAAGUUUGUGCUCAAUCCAUUGUACAUAUCAUCUUCUCGCCGGUGAAGUUAUAGGCAGCCAGAAUAAGGAGAACUAGCUGUCGCAACCUACUUCCAUCCCCGCUCUGAAGAAGUCCUUCCAUCCAAAUCGCAAUCAUUAUUUGAUGCCUUUUCUUUCUACCAACGAGAACACCCCUUGAUAUAUUUGUAAACACAAGUUCAGGAAUGAAUAUAAGUCUGACCUUGUGCUCUGCAAGGCCGUAGCAAUUCCGAGACUUGCUAUUGUACUCUUGCCUGUAGCUUAUUGAUUUGACUAUUCCUUAUUGUGCAACCACUUCGGAUCCUGCAUGUUGUGA